CGUUGUGGCUGAUUGUUAUGGUAGCUAGCUUCACACAUGUGAGUUACAUUCAAUUACAGCUGCGAGUCACAGGCACGCAUUUACAACUCUGGCCCACUUGUUUUCUGUAUGAGAAGUAGUGCUGCAGCAGGAUGCCAGGCAAGGCAGCAGACACGUUCCAACCUGGGGACUUGGUCUUCGCCAAGAUGAGGGGCUUCCCCCACUGGCCGGCCAGGAUCGCCCGGGGCGAGAUCUCUAAGAAGAAGGUUCCAGUGUUCUUCUUUGGAACUCACCAGACAGCAUCCAUACCGUUUGAAAAUAUAGUGACCUACGUAGGGAACAAGGGCAGAUAUGGGAAAGGAGUGCGCAUUAGAGGCUUCACAGAGGGAAUGUGGGAGAUAGAGAACACUCCUAGAGUAUGCACCAAACAGAAGGUGGGUGCUACCGCAGCCAAAAAGGAGCAAGCAGAAAAAAAUCCAGACCAGUCUAAGACACCAGCACCGGUCAAAAUGUCCACCUCCCCUAAACAGGCCUCGAUAAAGGCCCCUAAAACACAAGCGAAGACUAUCAAGACAGUGGCAGUGACGGCCCCGGGAAACAAAAAAACAUCGGCCGGCGGCCAACAGAAAACUGACACGCCGGCCAACACAAGAGCUGAGAAAAGGAAAAAGAUUGGAAUGCAUUCGACCCAGGACGAGCCUGUCCAAGGGCAGAAGACAGCCCCGGCCGGUUCAACUGUAAUCCCACCAGCCAGCAAGAAGACAAGAUUGACGGAGGAGAAAAGCUCCCCCACUACAAAGAGCAAGAGAGAGAAGACCACAGAAGAGAGAAAGAAACAGGGGGAGAGUAGAGGGAGGAAGAGGAAAAAGGAGGAUGAGGGAGAGAAGACAACAGAAGAGAGAAAGAAACAGGGGGAGAGUAGAGGGAGGAAGAGGAAAAAGGAGGAUGAGGGAGAGAAGACAAAGGAAGUUGGUGUUGAAGAGGGAAAGAUUGAAGUCAGUAAGAUGAGGGAGGUGGAAUGUUUAGAAACAGACAAAGAAGUAAUCCACAAGGAAGAGGUUAAGAAGGGGAAUGAAGAGGAGGGUGGUGUAGCAGAGAAGGAGAACGAGGAGGAGGAGGGUGGUGUAGCGGAGAAGGAGGGUGAGGUAGCAGUGAAGGAGAAGGAGGGUGGGGUAGGAGUGAAGGGGGAGGGUGGGGUAGCAGUGAAGGGGAACGAGGAGGAGGGUGGUGUAGCGGAGAAGGGGGGUGGGGUAGCCGUGAAGGAGGAGGGUGGGGUAGCAGUGAAGGGGAACGAGGAGGAGGAGGGUGGUGUAGCGGAGAAGGAGGGUGGGGUAGCAGUGAAGGGGAACGAAGAGGAGGAGGGUGGGGUAGCAGAGAAGAAGGGUGGGGUAGCAGUGAAGGGGAACGAAGAGGAGGAGGGUGGUGUAGCGGAGAAGGGGAACGAAGAGGAGGAGGGUGGUGUAGCGGAGAAGGGGAACGAAGAGGAGGGUGGGGUAGCAGUGAAGGGGAACGAAGAGGAGGAGGGUGGUGUAGCGGAGAAGGGGAACGAAGAGGAGGGUGGGGUAGCAGAGAAGGGGAACGAAGAGGAGGAGGGUGGGGUAGCAGAGAAGGGGAACGAAGAGGAGGAGGAUGGGGCAGCAGUGAAGGGGAACGGAGAGGAAGAUGGGGUAGCAGUGAAGGGGAACGGAGAGGAGGAUGGGGCAGCAGUGAAGGGGAACGAGGAGGAGGAUGGGGUAGCAGUGAAGGGGAACGAAGAGGAGGAGGGUGGGGUAGCAGAGAAGGGGAACGAAGAGGAGGAGGGUGGGGUAGCAGUGAAGGGGAACGAAGAGGAGGAGGGUGGGGUAGCAGUGAAGGGGAACGAAGAGGAGGAGGGUGGGGUAGCAGUGAAGGGGAACGAAGAGGAGGAGGGUGGGGUAGCAGUGAAGGGGAACGAAGAGGAGGAGGGUGGGGUAGCAGUGAAGGGGAACGGAGAGGAGGAUGGGGCAGCAGUGAAGGGGAACGGAGAGGAGGAUGGGGCAGCAGUGAAGGGGAACGGAGAGGAAGAUGGGGUAGCAGUGAAGGGGAACGGAGAGGAGGAUGGGGCAGCAGUGAAGGGGAACGAGGAGGAGGAUGGGGUAGCAGUGAAGGGGAACAAUACUGUUACAGAGAUCAGUGCUGGUCAGGAUGAAGAGCGUCGGCGGCGUCUUGCGGCCAGGAGAGAGAGUGUCUUGAAGUCUCUACAAGGACUUCUCACUAGAAGGAAGGGCCUGAGAAGACAGAGCAUUAAACCUACACGGACAAUGAAAAAUGGAGCUGGAGGGAAGAAAGCUGAAGAGAAGAAGAGUAGAAAAACAGGUGGGCAGAAAGGGGACAGAAAAACAGCGAGUAAGACAACAGGCGUCAAGACAACAGGCGUCAGGACAACAGGCGUCAGGACAACAGGCGUCAAGACAACAGGCGUCAAGACAACAGGCGUCAAGACAACAGGCGUCAAGACAACAGGCGUCAAGACAACGGAGAGGAAGAAAACAGAUGAGAAGGUGGAAAGUACAAAAACGGAAGUAAAAAAUUUGGAAGGCAAAAAAACAGAAUGUAAGAAACUAGAACAAAAGAUGGAGAAGAAAGUGGAGAGCAAGAAAUCAGCGGAGGCUACGAAGUCGGAAUCGACCCGGGCGGAGGCUACGAAGUCGGAAUCGACCCGGGCGGAGGCUACGAAGUCGGAAUCGACCCGGGCGGAGGCUACGAAGUCGGAAUCGACCCGGGCGGAGGCUAAGAAGUCUGAAUCGACCCGGGCGGAGGCCAAGAAGUCUGAAUCGACCCGGGCGGAGGCCAAGAAGCCUGAAUCGACCCGGGCGGAGGCCAAGAAGUCCGAAUCGACCCGGGCGGAGGCCAAGAAGCCCGAAACGACCCGGGCGGAGGCCAAGAAGUCCGAAACGACCCGGGCGGAGGCCAAGAAGUCCGAAUCGACCCGGGCGGAGGCCAAGAAGUCCGAAUCGACCCGGGCGGAGGCCAAGAAGUCCGAAUCGACCCGGGCGGAGGCCAAGAAGUCCGAAUCGACCCGGGCGGAGGCCAAGAAGUCCGAAUCGACCCGGGCGGAGGCCAAGAAGUCCGAAUCGACCCGGGCGGAGGCCAAGAAGUCCGAAUCGACCCGGGCGGAGGCCAAGAAGUCCGAAUCGACCCGGGCGGAGGCCAAGAAGUCCGAAUCGACCCGGGCGGAGGCCAAGAAGUCCGAAUCGACCCGGGCGGAGGCCAAGAAGUCCGAAUCGACCCGGGCGGAGGCCAAGAAGUCCGAAUCGACCCGGGCGGAGGCCAAGAAGUCCGAAUCGACCCGGGCGGAGGCCAAGAAGUCCGAAUCGACCCGGGCGGGGGCCAAGAAGUCCGAAUCGACCCGGGCGGGGGCCAAGAAGUCCGAAUCGACCCGGGCGGGGGCCAAGAAGUCCGAAUCGACCCGGGCGGGGGCCAAGAAGUCCGAAUCGACCCGGGCGGGGGCCAAGAAGUCCGAAUCGACCCGGGCGGGGGCCAAGAAGUCCGAAUCGACCCGGGCGGGGGCCAAGAAGUCCGAAUCGACCCGGGCGGGGGCCAAGAAGUCCGAAUCGACCCGGGCGGGGGCCAAGAAGUCCGAAUCGACCCGGGCGGGGGCCAAGAAGUCCGAAUCGACCCGGGCGGGGGCCAAGAAGUCCGAAUCGACCCGGGCGGGGGCCAAGAAGUCCGAAUCGGCCCGGGCGGAGGCCAAGAAGUCCGAAUCGGCCCGGGCGGAGGCCAAGAAGUCCGAAUCGGCCCGGGCGGAGGCCAAGAAGUCCGAAUCGGCCCGGGCGGAGGCCAAGAAGUCCGAAUCGACCCGGGCGGAGACCAGCAAGUCCGAAUCCAAGAAAGUGGAGACAGAAAAGAUAGAGAGACGACAGGAGGAGGAGCCUAAAUCACCUCAGAGAAGUGUACUAGGGGACGGCCAGAUAACAGACAGUAUGUCUAAACUACAUACCACUAAAGAAUCGUUCACUCUGACGGACUCUACCCUACACCGUAUACACGGAGAUAUACGCAUCUCUCUGAAGACGGACAACCCUGACAUUAGUAAGUGUCUGACGGCGCUGGACCAACUCACUAUGGUCUAUGUAACAUCACAACAUGUCCAGAGACACAGUGAACUCAUAACUACUCUCAGAAAGAUGCGUCGUUUCCGCAGUAACCAGGACGUGAUGGACAAGGCGUCGAUGCUCUACAACCGCUUCAAGAACGCAUUCCUAUUGGUUAACGACAAGGAUAACGUCAUCAGCCCCGAGUUCCUCCGCUCGCUCCUGGAGGAGAAAGAGAGGGAGGAGGAGGAGAGGGUGGAGCGAUGGAGGGAGAAACAGAAGAGGAGAGGAGAGGUGCUGCAGGAGGUUCGCAGGAGAAUGAGUCAACUGGAGGAGAGAAGGGGAGGAGAGAAGGGGGUCGUGACUGAGAAGAAGGAAGAGGAGGAGCCAGAGGAGGAGCCAGAGGAGGAGCCGGAGGAGGGUCCAGAGGAGGGGCCAGAGGAGGGGCCGGAGGAGGGGCCGAAGGAGGAGCCAGAGGAUGGAAGCUCCGAACUACAGUAGAAUCAUCCUGAGCUCCACUGGGAGAAACAGAGCAGGGUGAAGUUGUCCCUAGACACUGAUCUUGGUGCAGGUUACAGUUUUCGACCACCUAAUGGUUGAAGGUUAGUAUUUGGAGAGGGAAACUGAUUCUAGAUCUGUACCUGGGGGGGAGGGGGACAGAACAAUGGAACAUACCAACUCAGAAUCAGAGGGGGUGAACACGGAACAUACCAGCUGUCCAACUGGGUUAUGGUGUUUCUUAACCCUCCCUUGUCCACUCGAGAGUAUUUGGACAACCUCUUUACCCAAAUUCAUUGGUGCACACCGUUUCAAAAAAAACAUUGCAGACGUUAAGCGAUGGAAAAGGACAACGAGUGUUUUUUUUAUUUUAAAUUUAUUUUUAUUUGACAAGUUCAGGUUGUUAAGUCUUCUAGUGAACGGGGAAAACACGGGUGCCAGGUGUUUUCCUAAAGACAGACCGGCCUGAGGAGUGUCUUUAAGUCGUCUCCUUUCCCUGAGGAUUAGAGGACAAGCUUUCCUCUGAUGCUUUAAUAAAGAAGCCCUUCUUCUAGGAUGUUCUGUAGAAACCAGGGAAUACUUUCCUGAUGUUUUUUUUUAUUUUUUUUAUACCUUGUAUGUUCUCUUAAAUACCAUACUUUAUGUUGUUGUGUAGUUUUUAACGGUGAUGUUAUAGACUCGAUUCUACUUUAGCCUGGAUUUCUACUUUUCUUGUACUCUGUCCCUGCAAUACGUAGCCUAGUAGCCACGUUGAUUAUUGCUUUAGCCAAUUUGGCUAGUAGCCUAAAAGCAGAUCUGGUGGCCAGGUAAUAUUACCCUUCAGGUAUCUCCGUUCAAUAGCCAUCGCUGCUCAUGGUUGUAAACCUCCAGAGGGCCAGACGGUAGCACACAAGUUUAAAAGAGUCUGGCUGGUCAUCUGAUUCAUCCCAGGACAGACGGUGUUGUAUUUAACCCCUGAUUCAACUGCAGCGACACAUGUUUUCACACCACGGACAGGAGUUGGUUCUGUGGUUUAAAAGGGGAACACACUUUGGUUUGACACUGUGGAGUAGAUUUGUUACACUUUACUUACAGAUAUGUUUUACAGAUGUCAUUUCACUGGUAAUAAAUGAGCAUUACUUUCA